CACAGGAUGGCGUGCUAAAGUGUUCCGAAACUACAAACCCCACCCUGGUUUCAAGUAUCCUACGAGGCUGUUCAUGGCUUGUACUAUGUCGGUAUUCGGCUUGUACCAGGUUGCUCUAUGGUUUGUUGUAUUGGGAUUGCAAUUGCUCAACCAAGCCAUGGCGCUUAUCUCUGGAUUAGCGCAGGCACAAUUUGAGUUGAAGAAUGAGACUGCCGCAGCUGCCGAUAUUGCACAGAAGAUAGACGAGGCUCAUUAUACCUUAACAGUUUCUUGGUAUGUGUCAUUCGGCUUGGCGGUUUUCCUCCUUCUCUCGUACAUCCCAGGAAUUUUAAAGAACUACAGAACACACUUGUUGAACUUGUUUGCUGGCAAAAAAGAACCUCUACCUCCGCAUCUGAAAUUGCAAACUGAAGAAUAUAUUGUCGGUAGCCUAAAAUAUAUCGGAUUCCAAGUGGCCUUCUUCCUCACAGGUUACAUAAGUGUUCAGUUGCUCCUCUUCUUGUUGAUUGGUGGAUUAGCUAUGCUCAUUCGAGCCAUCAUUUGGAACAUGGAAGCUAUCCUCAUCAACAUCAUAUUAGAACUUGCUCUACCAUCAGCAGUUGUCGGAAUGUCGGUGAUGUUCUGCCAGACGCUCUUUGUCAGACUUCUGUUCGUUCAAGACAAGAUUAAGGAAGACGAUGAUGAUCGACCGUUAGCGAUACAACACAAGGUCUGGUUCCUGAUCUUCUCCUUUGUUAUGAUGUUCUUGAAUACGCUGUAUGGUAUCAUCAUGGCGAUUAUCCGCUACCUGAUCGGAAUUGUUAGUCUUGCUCUCUUUCUGCCGAGGAUUGAUCUACCCAUCUUGAUGCCAAGCAUGCCAGACCUAAUCUACAACGUGUAUGUUGGCAAUAUGCACACAGAGAAUGCGCACAGUAACCCCGUCCUCGUCACCUUCUGUCACCUCAUGGUGUUUGACGUCCUCAAGUCACAAAAGAAACAUCGCAAAAUGAAACGCUUGACCGAUCGCGGUUUUACCAUUAGCCAGGAUAUUAGCACUUACAGCGAUCUUGAAGAGUCAACAGAUGAGGAAAAAGGGCCAACACAGCCCAUCGGUUUAUUCAAGUACUUCCGUUGGCACUUGGCAAUCACACUCAUCAACAACCCGUCUCUGAUUCAUCUACGUAAGCGCCCUGCUGUUUCCUUGGAUGAAGAGGUCACCAUGCAGAACGGGGAACUUAAAACUGUGGCCAUCGGGGCAGAAGGUGGCGCCCAACAUAACAUGAUGCCGCAUAUGGUAGAGGUGAUAAAACGCCACCAUCUGGACAAGAAGAGAAGCAGUAUUGAUGCGACUAAUGUUGCUGACCUUCUUGUAGAUGACAUCAAACCCACACUCAGCAUUCAAGAAACAAAAGGUUCUUCCUCGUCCAAAACAAAACCAGACGAACCUAGUUCGUUCUGUUAAAUCUGCCGUGGCUGUAGUAGACCUAAAGGCACUAGACAACUUUGGUAAUUGUCAAAGAUCAGUAUUUUCACAUGGUGUAUCCCAGCAUAUGUAUAAA